AUGUCUUUCUCCACUUUCAUCAAGAUAAUCCAAAGACGGCAAAAUAGACUCAUAAAAAUGGGCGCACCACCUCCGAAAAGGGAAUACCGCCGUCGUCGACACCGAGCGAAAUUCCUUCUCUGCUGUUUCUCUUUUCUUUUGUUCUCGUUGCUUUGUGCGUUUCUCUCUUCUUCUUCUUCUUUGUCUUCUUCUUUCCGGGGAAACAAAGUCGCCACCCCCGCGAUUGAGAAUGAUGAUGAUGAAGUUGAUUACAACAACAACGCGCAGCAGCAUGAGCAACAUGAGCAGCAAAACGACGACGAUAACGACGACGAUAACGAGAAGGAGGAGGAGGAACACAAUACGUCGAUUUUGCUAAACAACAACAACAUCCAUCAUCAGAAACGUAAUAAUAAUAAGCACAGGAUUGGCGGCAGCGGUACGGGCGCUUCUAAACAGCUCGGGUUUAUGAACGAGAACUUGGUUUCUAAACUGAAAGAGUUAGGGGAGAAACGACAGUUAGAAGAAGAAGAAGAAGAAGAAGAAGAUUCGAAGAAGCCGUCGUUCAAAGGGUCGUUCGUGAUGAACAAACGCAGAAGGAAAAUGAACGAAGAGAUUCCGUUUCCGAGGAAAAAGUUGAGAGAUACGUUGCAGCAUUACUCGUUAGGUAAAGCGAAGAGAGAUUUGAUCAGAGUCAUUCCGGAAGAAGACGAGGUACGGUUGACGUUAUUGACGAGGAGCAAUAGAAAAAGUAGUAGUAGUAAUAAUAAUAAUAAUAGUUUUAGAAAGAAGAACGUGUGCGCGGUUAUCGGCAACGGAGGGACGUUGUUGGCGUACGAUUUAGGUGAAGAGAUUGAUAGCGCGGAUGUUAUUAUUCGCUUAAACGCGGGGCCUAUCAAAGGCUUCGAGAAGAAAGUAGGCUCGCGAACGGAUUACAGAUUAGUGAACAGAUUGCACAUGGGCUUUAGGGAGACGAAAGAGGAAAUGGUUCUGCAACAUUGCACAACCCCGGACGCGUUGGACGAAUGGACGAGAUUUAAAGUCAAACACGAAGACGAUAUAAACGUGAAGAAAAAAUUGUUCGCGAUUGACCCAGACUUCCACGAGUUGGCUAUUUCGUACACCGACAAAGGCGUCGUCUCCAACGGGUUUUACGGUUUACUCUUAGCCACGGAGCUCUGCGACCAAGUCAAAGUCUACGGUUUCUUCCGCAAGUGGAAAGGCAACGUGUAUUAUCACUAUUACAACGGCGAAGCGCCAAACGAAGGUCAAUCGUUUCGAGACGAUAAAGAAGGCGACCGGUUAGAGAUGUGGCUGAAAGAACGCCACGCGACGCACAAAAUGGGCGAACCGUGUUUACAACAAGAAAGUGACGAAGAAUGCAAAAACUGCGCGCCCGGAUUGGUGUGCGCCAAGACCGCCUGGCAUCCGGUGCCCAAACCCGGGUACUGUUACGACGAGAAACACCCGGAAACGCCGGCAAAUGCGAAAGGUUUGCCCAGAGCUAAUUGUGCGAGAAAAUGCGGUAAUUCUGAUAUAUGUCCAGGUGGUAAGCGUGGGUUCUGUAGUAAGUCGCUCGUGGAGACGUCGGAGUGCGUUUUUAGUUAG